GAGUCUCCUAAAUGAAUUGUAGAUGCUUCUAAAUAAGAGAGUGAAGAGGGGAUGCUGAUGAUGAAUCCCAACUCCUCCACACAUCUUGUUCUUCUUAUGAGUAAUAGCAGCUCUGUACAGACAGGGGGUGGUGUGGCUCUGCCUAAAGAAAGCUUCUCUAAUGUUCUGGCUAAAAACAUUAUGGCCAUGAUGGUGUGGCUGACCCUGAGCAUCAUCAACAGCAGCAUGGUGCACACUUUCCUACACCACAGUCUCUUCUACGAGAACUCUCGCUACAUCAUGUUCAUCUGCAUGGUGGUCAAUGAUGCUCUGCAGCUCACGCUGGUAACAACUCUGUAUGUGGUCAGCUACAUCUUCAGAAAGAUCCAUGUCUCAGUCUGCUGCUUUCUGGUGAUGACUGCAGUCUUGACCACCCGCUCCACCCCUCUCAUCCUGGCUGGCAUGGCCGUGGAGCGCUUCAUCGCCAUCUGCUUCCCCCUCCACUACAGCCACACGUGCACGGUGUCCCGCACCCUUCUCCUCAUCGGCGUCAUCCUCAUCCUCACCGCUACCCCUCCAGUCACCGACCUCCUCAUCACCGUCCUCAAGGAGCCUCCGAGUUUCUUCCACAGAGCCAUUUUUUGCGACCAAUCUAUUCUCUUCCCUGAUCCCUCCAUCUACUACAAGAACUGUGUGUUCGAUGGGUUGUACCUCUCCUUCGUGGCCCUAACGCUGCUCUACACCUACGUUAAGAUCAUCCUGACGGCGCAGGCUGCCUCCACCAGCCUGGCAUCGGUGAAGAGAGCCAGGAACACCGUGCUGCUUCAUGGGGUGCAGCUGCUGCUGUGCAUGCUCGCCUUUGUGGUUCCCUCUCUCCAGGCUGCUCUGAUCUCCCUCUUUCCCCAGCUGAGCCUGGAGAUCCGCUACAUCUUCUUCUUGCUCGUCUACAUAAUCCCCCGCUUCAUGAGCCCAGUUAUCUAUGGGUUCCGGGAUGAGCUGUUCAGGAAGUACUGGAUCCGGGAUCUGUCCUGUCAGAGACAGCGUUACUGUAGCCCGGGGAGGCAACACUCUUUGGCAGCAGGCCUCUUUUUCCGGACUGUGACGGGAAAAGCCGAAGACUCCCCGCUGAGACAGAUGGAGACGAUCCGUAGUUCCGAUGGAGGAAACCUGCAGCCCUCCAGCUGA